CUGACGGGGCAAAGGAGCAGGACUGCAGGAGGAGGAGGCAGGGCACCGCCAGGAGGGAGCUGCCCGUUCCCUGUGUGUGGUUUGUGGCAUGGGCACCUCAACCAUCUUCAGCAAAGGAGAUUUUGAAGAGGAUUGGCUCCAGCUGGCCAGUGGGGGCUCUGCCCAGGUCUUCCGAGUGAGGCACAAGAAAUGGAGGACCGGCUAUGUGGUGAAAUGUUUCCUUGGCCUCCAACGAGAUCCCACCUUUGACAGAACCAGCUUGGACUUUCUCAGGGAAGAGGCAGCCAAGAUGGAGAAAGUCAAAUUCCAACACAUUGCGUCUGUCUACGGCAUCUGCGACAGCCCUGUGGGCAUCGUGAUGGAACACGCGGCCAGCGGCUCCUUGGAGAAGACCCUUCCCACCCACCAAAUGACGUGGCAGCUGAAGUCCCGCGUCAUCCACGAGACCAGCCUGGCCAUGAAUUUCUUGCAUAGCCUGAAGCCUCCUUUGCUUCACCUGAACCUGAAGCCAGGAAAUAUCCUACUCGAUGCCCACAUGCAUGUUAAGAUUUCAGAUUACGGAUUAUUCAAGUGGAUGGAGACAUCGAGUGGGUUGCCGUACAUUGAGAGGUCAGCCCUGAGGGGGUCCUUGAGCUAUGUUGCCCCCGAGAUGCUUCUGCAAAGCACGAACCUGCCUGGAACCAAAUGCGACGUCUACAGCUUUGGGAUUGUCAUGUGGGAGAUUCUAACCCAGAAGAAAGCCUACGCAGGCGCCAGCGUGGUGACCGUUAUCAUGGGCACAGCUGCAGGCGAACGUCCCAGCCUGGAUCUCCUCUGCGAGGACUGGCCGGGGGAGCGCCAGCAGGUGGUCAACUUGAUGAAGAGGUGCUGGGACCAGGAGCCCAAGAAAAGACCGAGCUUUGCAGAUAUCUCAGUGGAGAUGGAAAUGUUGCUGUCAUUAAUCCACAGCCCAGUGGUGGGCCUGAAGAAGGAACACCUCUCCAGAAAGACAUCAAUAAGGCCCACCGUCUCUGGGAGCAGAGAGAACAGCAAAGAUGGACUGGCCCUCUCUCAGCAAACAAGCAACACUGAUGGCGACAACGAUAAGGACUCCUACAGCUCCAGUCAGAAUGAAGUUGAAAGCCUGGAAUCCUUCAUAAUGUCAGAAGAAGCCGUCAAGAGCCUUGAAAACAACCCCGGUUUGCUUCACCUCACGGUGGCUCAAGGGAAUUUUGAGAAGGUGGCAUCCCUCUUGAGGGAGGGAGCUGACGUGAACUGGAAAAUCCCCUGCAGUUACACAGCCCUCAUCUUGGCUGUCCAGAAAAGGUCUCUGGGGAUCAUCUCUCUCCUCCUCAAGCACGGGGCAGAUGCUGGCAUGGCUGAUAAGGAUGGCUGGACGCCGCUUCACUUCGUGGCUCAAAAUGGGGAUGACAGAAUCGCUCGUCUGUUGCUUGACCACAGGGCCAAUGUGGACGCCCAAGAACUUGACGGGUGGACGCCCCUUCACUUGGCCUCCCAGAACAACUUUGAAAACGUAGUCCGGGUCCUCCUCUCCCGCCAAGCCGACCCGAACGUUCAGGAGAGCGAAGGCCGGACUGCCUUGCACGUGGCCGCUUACUAUGGCCAAGUCAGGCUUGUUAAGAUGCUGGCCAGCCAAGGGGCAGAUGUGGAAAAGAAGCAGCAGAACCAUCGGACUCCACUUCAUGUUGCUGUAGAGAAAGGGAAAUUCAGGGUGGUCCAGCAUCUCCUGAAGAACGGUGCAGCGGUUGACUGCGUAGACCAGAAUCAUUGUAGCCCUCUACAUCUGGCUGUAUCCAAAGGGAAAUACCUCAUCUGUGAAAUUCUGGUGCGAUACGGAGCCGACGUGGACCUCAGGACAGACAAAGGGUGGACGCCUUUGCAUCUGGCAUCCUUGAAGGGUCACGUGGAAAUCAUCCGCCUCCUGGUGGACAGCCACGCCCAGGUGAAUACCAGAGGCAGCCUGGAUUGGACACCUCUGCACUUGGCGAUGCGCUACAGUGAAGAGGAGGUUGUCGUCGAGCUGCUGAGGAGGGGAGCUGAUCCGAAUUCCACUGAGAACGGAGGCUGGACUCCUCUGCAUUUGGCGGUGCAGCGCGGGACCUUGCCCGGCACUGUGAGUCUCCUUGAUUACAAAGCAGAUGUCAACAGUAAGAACAAGGUGGGAUGGACACCCACACACCUGGCAGUGCUCAGAGGUAACGUGCCCAUCGUCAAGGCUUUGCUGCGAGCUGGUGCUCGGCUGGAGGUGGUGGACGGAACAGGGUGCACACCCCUCCAGCUUGCCCUCAGGGGUCAAAAGCAAAGCAUUGUGGACUUGCUGCUAGGCAAGGAAUCCUCAGAAGCCAAUUCGCUGAGCGGUGAGGCAUGAGGCUUUAAGGAAUUACCCAGCAAAGAACGGGUCACCUCAUCCAGGACAUAAUAAUAACUGUGCUUAUAUACCGUUCUUCAAACAGAUUAGUGCUCACUCGGAGCAGUGAACAAGGGCAGUGUUACUAUUAUCCCCACAAUACAGCUGGGGAGCUGGGGCUGAGAGGAGUGGCUUCCCCAAGGCCACCUGCUGAGUGCAUGGCAGGAGCGGGAAUUGAACCAGCAGAGUGCUGAUUCACAGCCCAACCACUUAAUGUCCCACCAAGAGGGAACAAAGUCAGUGUUGUUAUUAUUCCCCACAAUGCAGCUGGGGGGCUGGGCUGAGAGGAGCGGCUCCCCAAGGCCACCUGCAGAGUUCAUGGCAGUUGUGGUAUGCGAACUAGCAGAGUACUGGUUCACAGCCCAACCACUUAACCAAUAUGCUACAGCAGCUCUGAGUGCUUCUUCUACGUUCAUCUUAUAAGAGUUUAUGUGGGAAAUCAUUACAUAUAUUGAGUGAAUGCAUCUGCCUGGCCAUGCUAGAAAUGAGGCCAUUAUUCCUUCGUUUAUGAGUGUAACUGAAAAGGGGAAAAGUGAAGAGGCGGCUCCAGUUGGUUUAAUGAGCACCUUCAUGUGGGCGGUAAAAUCAUAUUUGUGGUAGUAAUAAUAACAAUAAUAGCAUUUAGGAUGUUCAAAUGCUCUUUACAAACAUUAUUCCAGGAACCUUUACAGCAGCAAUAAUAGCUCGGCCAGUGUUAUCAUCUUCCUAAUAUUUCAGAUGAACCUAUGAAGCUUUUGUAAACUGAAUCAGUCCAUCGGUCCCUCAGACACAUUCCAGUGACUGGAAGCAACUUGCCAAGAUAGACGUCGGGGAGAAACAGGCACUUCCCAACUUCACAGCUCCCUGAGAUUCUUCUGACUGGAGAGUGAAUUUGGGAUUUUCAGAAUACAAAGUAGGGGGUGCACCGUUGAGUUCAGUGCUAGUUUGGGGUUUGGAGAGACUUCGGGCUGAACACCCUCCCUCAAUAGGCCCACCUCCUCUUUGUUGCUACACCCACCAGCUGUUUCUCCCUUUUCUCCCGCCUGCCCGUUAGCAGGGAAUGAACUGGUAUGAGAGUCAGCAGUCAGUAGCAGCUUCUCCUGCUGCCUUUUGGCCCCUGGAGGCCACAGGGAAAGGGUGGGUGGAAAACCGGGCAAGGGGGCUUCUGGCAGUGUCCUCCUAAAGAGGUGUGGCCUUGGCAGGCGCUCAGGUGUGCUGACCUCUGAUGCUAGUCCUGAGACUCCUGACUGAGCCUUUGCAGGGCUGAGGCCAAAAAAGUGUUGCUUACCUCAGGGCAUUUACUAAGUGCACGGCACAGAGAGGCUUUGAACCAGAGACUUUUUGAUUCCCAACUCCCUUUCUCUGUGCUUCAGUGAGGUAGAGAACUCCAGACAAUUGUUGAUCAGUGGAGAACUUGCCACUCUGGUGCAUGAAGUCUUCCCAACAAGAUAGUUUGCUGGAUUCUCCUGCCGGGAGGCCUCCUUUCCCGGGAUUUCUGAAGGGCAGACAUGGCCAGAGGGUACAGAUAAGAGGAGGUUAUUGGCACAGCAGGAGGUGUGAUUUGCAGCUGUGACCCAAUCUGAACCAGAGACAAAACGGGGCAGCCUUCCCCCUCAUUGAAAUGCCACCAUUUUGAAGUGGAAGCUGCUUUGAAUCUUUUGCUUAGCCGUAAGCUCUUUGGCCCUGGUUAAGCUAGCAAAAGCAAGACAUGAAAGGCGGAAUUAGUUGCAGAGAGAGAGCCCUCUCCCAGUUGACUGGUUGUGGGGUGGUGGUGGUACAUGUGUGCUGGAAUAUGGAUUUUUGGACCACCCCCCUUCUGCACCAAGCUUCUGCAAAUAAGCAGAUAUAAAUAUUUUAAAACCUGCAAAUGCUGCCCUGGAUAUAAACCACAAUUCCCACUGUUUCAAUCCAUGACGUUUUCUUGAACGUUUGCGUUUCCCACUGGAGAAUGUUUGGGGGUAUGAUUGUUCCCCCUUUAAACUCAUCAGAAGAAACAACAGGGACUGAGAGAGCUGGCUGAUGAAAAGUGUCGGGUCUGGGAUGUCACAGGAGCGCUGAUCAGAGUUCUCCAUGCACACAGCACAGGAGGCCUGGCUUCUAAGUAAAGACUCAUCGGCGGUGGCUGCGAACUCUGGGCUGAAAUCUGUUGUGUGUAAAUUUUACAGCUGUUUUUUUAAAGAAGAGGGCAGAAUGAUGGACCAGAGGGUGUAAGUGUCACAGGGCUCAGUCCAGUGGGGGUUACUGUUCUUGGCUCAUCUCCCACAGAGAUUUGGCCAAAGUACUUUAAAAAAUUCUAAGGAGAGUGGGUCUAUAUCUAUCAUGGCUCAGAUAGAUUGGGGAAGAAGCCAAAUCAUCAUUGAGAAGCAGGGCCACUUGGGAAACAACGCGGUUUCUUUCAACCCCAACUCACUUUUCCCUUCCAGGGCUGAGUUCUGGGGGAACGAACACUUCUGCCAGCGUGAAUUAGAAGCCAGCUUGGCACAAUGCUGAACUUCGGCCUUCUUUUAAUGCCACCAUUACCAUGUAAUUUUCGUAAUUCAGAAAUUGACAAAUGGACAGAUGAAUGCCGGGAUUUCCGGGUGCAAAGGGUGCCUUUUCAGCUGUAAGAAAUAACUGUAGCAUUUUCUGUGUGCUCUGUUUUUAAUAUUAUACAGGGCUUUUUUUCAGGCAGAAUGCGGUGGAACGGAGUUCCGGCACCUCUUGAAAAUGGUCACAUGGCCGGUGGCCCCGCCCCCUGAUCUGAGGGCGAUUUAAACUUUAAAAACUCCCCCGUUGUUCCAGCUGAUCCAAAGUGAUGUCAUUGCACAGUCCUGAGUUCUGCCACUGAGUUCCACCACCUCUUUUCCCAGAAAAAAAGCCAUGAUAUUAUAUAUUAAAAAACCAACUACCUGACUAGCACCAACUACAGAGAGAACUGUGGUGGAUUGGGCCGGGGCUUUUGUGGUGGCUCCCGGCAGAGAGGCAACGACCACCCUCUCCCUGAUUUCCUUAAGCUUUGUAAAACGGCCCUUUCUAACCAAGUUGGUAAAUUUCUUAAGUUUAUGGUGCAUAGAUUGACUGUUGUCAAUUGACUGUUGGUUUUAUAUGAGUCUUCUUGAGAAAGGUGGACUAUAAAUGCUGCAAAAUAAAAUAAAAUACGGAUAAAUGUUUAAUGGGGCUGUCUUGUGGCCUGUUAGAUAUUGUUUUUGUAAGCCACCUUGAGUUUGCUAUGGCGAAGAACGACAUACAUAAAUUAUUACAUACAUGUAAUAAUAAUAAGGUAAUAAUAAAUAAUA